AUGGACCCACAGGACGCUCAGCUGAAGUCGAAGCUAGGUCAGCUCACCUUCAGACAAAGUGACGAUGAUGAAAUCGAUUUCGAUCACUGCGAGACCGAUGUAUCAGAACGCGAUGCGCACACCAAGUCACGAAGACGCGACAAGCUCUUCUCAUCCGUGUGGAAGAAAGAGUCGCCAUGGACCAAUAUUGGGGCAGUCUCUUUCUCGCCAAAGUUGUUCACCUCCUGCAAAUAUCCUCGCCUAGGCACGAACGACAUCCGUGUCCUAGAUCUACUUCGCAUGGGGCCCGACAUAUGCAGACGGAACCCAUCUCACCCAGAAGGUCAUCUGCGGCGGCCUUGGCCACAGCCUGCCAGUCACCGCAAAUUUACACGCAGCGCUAAAGCGGAUUUGUCAGAGUAUGGCUGA